AUGCUUGGGGUACGGUGGCAAACUUCCAAAUUGCAGUGUGGAGAUCGGGUGGGACUGUUGGCAUCGCACGACGGGCAUUUGAUGCUCUUUGUCAAUGACCACCUGACCUACCUGGUCUCGUACUGUGAGAUACCUUGGGCAAACAACCCACCGCUGCAUGCGCUCGUCGACCUCGAUGGGAGCAUCCGAGCUGUGGAACUCACAGGGAGGAAUGGCAUCCCCUCGCCACAGAUCCUGGACUUUCUCUGCAGCUUGCGAGAGACAGAGUUCCAACGAUAUGAAUCUCUGGAGGAUCUUCGUGCCAGUGAGAUGCACCAGGCCAUGAAGAUGAGAUCGAACUGA